AUGGCGCGCAUAAAACACCAUUUCAUCCUACUCCUCCUCGGAUUCCUCACCCUCGUCGCAGCGCAAAGCCCUCAAAUCUACUGCAAAUGCACCUGCUUCAAAAACAGCACCAUAAUCCCCCUAAGCCCCCAACGCUCCACGAACCAACUCCGCUCCCUCCCCGAUACCCUCUCCUCGAAUCUCCACCAACACCCCAAACGAAACCCAACCGCCUGCUCCGGCUGCACAAAAGUCUUCUGCCGCGAGCAGAACCUCCCCUUUUGCAAGGACGCCAAGGACGAGGACAUGCAGACCAUGUGCUUCCAGCGCGACUCCAUCAAGGAUCGCUUUAUUGUUUGGGGCUUCAUACUCGGCACCUUUGGACUGUUGGGUUGGGCUGCUUUUAGGAAGGUUAUGGAGAUGAGGGGGGCGAGGAUGGCGAGGGGCGGUGGUGCUGGGGCUGGAUCUGGGAGUUCUGGGGGCGCUUAUAGGAGGGUGGGUUGA